GCGGCGUGAGCAUCCAGCAAUGGGGCGCCCGCGACAGCAGCCGGAACGCCAACACCAACACCAACACGUCGUACUACGCCGCCACCGACUCGUCCGCCUACACACGCGCCUCGUCCGACCAGGCCUCGGUCUACUCAAACGACUCGCGCACCCGCGGCAACAGCAUCUACUACCCCAAGACCAACUCCAACUCGCAGACGACCUUCUCCUCCAUCGGGCUCGACUCUGGCAGUCUGCUGCCCAUGGCCGCCUCCACCCCGCGCGACUCGCACCGCCACAAUCUGCUGCAUUCAGGCCAGUCUUCCCCCUUCGGCUCCAGCGCAAACCUCGGGCAGAAAGGGUUCGACAUCGAGCGACCGGCCGACCAUGUGGUCGAGAAGGAGUUCAUGAACCUCAUGGUGAAGCGUGGGUGGAAGAGCCUGCCCGAGCAGGCGCGGCGGCAGAUGGAAGCAUACAAGAUCGACAAGAAGUGGACGCUCGUCUACCAGGACAAGCUCGCCGAGCACAAGCACGAGGAGAAGAAGCGUCAGACCCAGCGCAACACGUAUGGCGGCGGCGCAAACCCAGACAUCCUGAUCCGCGCAGAAGAGGAGGGCUCGCCGGAAUGGUACGUCAAGAAGGUCAUGGACAACUCCAUCACCAACAAGCAGAUGUCGAGUCUCGAGAUCAGUCUGCGCACUCAGCCCAUUGCCUGGGUCCGUGGUUUCAUCGAGGCGCAGGGUCAGAUCGCGCUCACGAACGUCUUGACGAAGAUCAACCGCAGAAAAGGAACAGGCCCAGCGCUUCCACCGAGUGCCUUCAACCAAAAGGCCGAGAACGACGUCGAGCGCGAGUACGAGAUCGUCAAGUGUCUGAAGGCGCUGAUGAACAACAAGUAUGGUGCAGAUAACGCUCUGAACCAUCCAUCCAUCAUCCAGGCCCUGGCAGGCUCUUUGAUCUCCUCUCGAUUGAACACAAGGAAACUCGUCUCAGACGUCCUGACCUUUUUGUGCCAUUGGGGUGAAGGCGGCGGGCACGAGAAAGUGCUGAACGCACUUGAUAACCUCAAGUCGCAGUACGGCGAAAACAGCCGCUUCGAUGCAUGGAUGCGCGUUGUCGAGGUUACCGUUGACGGGCGCGGCAAGAUGGGAUCCAUGGUCGGCGCCUCCGACGAGGUCCGCAGUGGUGGAAUCGGUGUCGAGAACCUGCUGAUGGAAUACGCCAUUGCAACACUGUUCUUCAUCAACAUGAUUGUCGACGCACCCAAGCGCGACCUGCAGCUCAGGAUACACAUCCGCGCCCAGUUUACAGGAUGCGGCCUCAAGCGCAUCUUCAAGAAGAUGGAGGGCUUCCAGUACGAUGUCAUCGACAAGCAGAUCGAGCAGUACAUGGCCAACGAAGCCGUCGACUACGAAGACUUCCUCGAGCGCGAGAACAGCUCGAUGGUGGACAGUGUCGAUGGCGGCGAGACCAAGGAUCUGAACGACCCCUCUCAGAUCGCAGAGGCGAUCAUGACCAAGGUCGGCGGUACUCGUGCGCAAGACUACUUCUUGUCCGCCAUGCAGCAUCUGCUGCUCAUCCGGGACACCGAGAGCGAAGACCGCAACAGGAUGUUCCAGCUUGUGGAUUCGAUGCUGAGCUACGUGGCUAUGGACCGCCGACUGCCAGACAUGGAUCUGAAGCAGAGCCUGAACUUCACUGUUCAGUCUUUGCUCGACAAGCUGUACACCGAUGGAGAGGCUCGUCAGAUCCGGGAUGAAGCCAACGCGGCACGACAGAUUGCAGACUCGGCCAUUGCUGAGCGUGAUGAAGUCAAGGCAGAACUCGAGCUCGGUGCAGAUGGCCUCGUGCAGAAGCUGCAGAAGCAGGUCGCAGAGCAACAGCGUAUCAUUGAUCUGCGUGGCAGGCAGGUCGAGCAGAUGAAGGCCGAGCUUGCGGAGAUGCAGAGGAUACGAGCACAAGAACUGCAGCGCAACGAAUUGGAAACCCGCGAGCUGUACCUCAUGCUUAGAGAUGCUCAAGAUGUUGCUGCCUCCGCUUCGAAGAAGUCUGGCAAAGACGGGCUGGGCGCUUCAGAUCCCGCGCAGAUGCAGGGCAUCAUGGAUCGCGAACGCUUAAUGAACAGACUUGAAAUCCAGCUUCAGCGAGCUAAGACUCAGGCUACUCUCGAGGGCAAGACUCUUCAGAUGGUGCAGCCCAGUGAGAAGCUGAGGGAGCUCAGAGAAAAGAUGGAAGGUACUGCGGGCGAAAUGCCGGAAGGCUACGGUGACGGUCUGCAGCCCAACUCCUUCGGCUCUGUACGAGCGAAGAGUGGUGUACCUCGCAGGAAGCCUGUACCUGGUGGAGCUGGUGGCGACGACGAGAUCAUGUACGAUGUCAACGAGGAUGACGAGGAUGUGAUCAUCGAGAAGCCGCGUCUCGUCCAGAUGCACAAGCCAAAGCUCAGCGCAUCCACCGCCAACGCUCUCGUGGGAGAGAUCGCAUCGACUGUGCCAAAGUACGAGGACGACGAAGCACAAGCGAAUGGUGCUCCUGCUGGAGCGAUUCCACCACCACCACCACCGCCUCCUGGUGCCCUCGGGUUCCCUGCUGGUCCCGCUGGGAUACCUCCCCCACCUCCCCCACCCCCAGGUGCCCUUGGAUUCCCCGCUAAUAUACCUCCGCCGCCGCCUAUGCCUGGCACUAAUGCUAAUAUCCCUCCACCUCCACCACCACCUCCUCCGGGCAAGCUUGGCUUUGGCGCGCCCGGUAUCCCACCACCUCCGCCAAUGCCUGGCGCUCCUCCGAUGCCAGGCGAUGGCAGCAUGCCGCCUCCGCCUCCACCACCGCCGCCUAUGCCGGGUAUGAAGCGGCCUGGUUUCCUGCCCAAGGCUUCUUUCAACGGUCCGGGAUCUAUGGCUCUGUCCGGACCUCGACCGAAGAAGAAGAUGAAGGCUCUCCAUUGGGACAAGGUUGAUUCGCCAAACUCGACCGUGUGGGCCACUCAUGGCCUCACUGCGGAAGAGAAGGAGGAAAAGUACCAAGAGCUUUCGAAGAAGGGUGUACUCGAUGAAGUCGAGAAGCUCUUCUUGGCCAAGGAGAUCAAGGCGAUUGGCAAGAAGGGCGCAAAGAAGGAAGAGAAGAAGCAGGUCAUCUCGCGCGACCUGAUGCACAACUUCCAAAUCAGUAUGGCGAAGUUCUCGUCAUACUCGGUGGAAGAGUUGGUUCAGAUGAUCAUCCACUGUGAUAAGAGAAUUUUGGAUGAUGGUGUCGUCAUGGAGUUCUUGCAGAAGAACGACUUCUGCGAUGUCCCCGACAACACGGCGAAGCUCAUAGCACCAUACUCGAAGGACUGGACCGGACCCAACCCCGCUGAGAGCAAGCGCGAGCAAGAUCCCAACGAGCUUACACGAGAGGACCAAAUCUACCUGUACACGGCGUACGAGCUGCACUUCUACUGGAAGAGUAGGAUGAGGGCGCUCGCUCUGACGCGCACGUACGAAAACGAGUACGAUGAGAUUUCGAACAAGCUUCUUGAGAUCUCGCGUGUUGCAGACAGCUUGAGGAGCUCGUCCAGUUUGAUCAGUGUCCUGGGUCUCAUUCUGGAUAUCGGUAACUUCAUGAACGAUGCCAACAAGCAGGCCAAUGGUUUCAAGCUCUCCACACUUUCUCGUCUGGGCAUGCUGAAGGAUGACAAGAACGAGUCCACCUUCGCCGAUGUGGUUGAGCGUAUUGUGCGCAACCAGUACCCCGGCUGGGAAGGCUUCACUGACGAGAUCGGCGGCGUCAUCACGGCGCAGAAGAUCAACGUCGAGCAGCUGCAGACCGAUGCGAAGAAGUACAUCGACAACAUCAAGAACAUCCAGAUGUCGCUUGACGCAGGUAACCUGUCUGACCCAAGCAAGUUCCAUCCCGAAGACAAGGUGUCCAUCGUGGUGCAGAGAAGCAUGAAGGAAGCCAGGAGAAAGGCCGAGCAGCUGCAGGUGUUCCUCGAGGACAUGCAGAAGAGCUAUGAUGAUAUCAUGUCGUUCUACGGUGAAGAUCCCACCGACGACUCCUCGCGCCGCGACUUCUUCGCCAAGCUGGCCAACUUCGUCCAGGAGUGGAAGAAAUCAAAGGAGAAGAACACCGCCCUCGAAGAACAGCAUCGCCGCAACGAGAUCUCCAUGCGCCGCAAGCAGCAACAAGCCGGCCCACUAUCACCCUCUGCUACCUCCGACGACGGCGCCCCCAAGUCACCCGCCAGCACCGGCGCCAUGGACGACCUCCUCCAGAAGCUGCGCGCCGCGAAACCCGAAGCGCGAGACCAGCGUGACCGCCGCCGACGUGCCCGUCUCAAGGACCGCCACCAAGUGCGCGUCGCGUCUGGCCAGCAGAUCCCCGAGAUCGGCGUCAACAUUGAGGACGACGCAGCUGCUGGAGACGAGGACGGUGAAGGGAGUGCAGAGAAGACGAAGUUGCUUAGCCCCACCAGCGAGACGAACGAGAACGAGCCAGGUAUUGGUGCGCUGACCAGCCCCACGACGCCGGGCGCCGAUGUUGCGGACCGUGCGGCUGCGAUGCUGGAAGGAUUGCAGCGCCCGGAUAGCAUGAAUAAAGACGGCAGUCUCUCUGUACGUCGACGCCGCGAGUCAGCGGACACUGAGCGCGAGAGGAGGAGACGCAGAAGACAGCAGGCGACCAGCAAGGCUAGCGACGACGGCGGGCUGAUGAGUCCGAGUAUCCCCGAAGAGAGGGAGUUGGAUGGCGCGAGUGAUGCGGGCGGUAGCAUCGCCGGCGAUAGACCAGGGACGAGAGAUGGGAAUGUUGACGAGAGACCGGUUACGAGGGGUAGUGAUGAGAUGCCUACCACGCCGACGACGGUUGUCGUGCCGCCGAGUCCGGAGCAGAAGGGGAGGGAGUUGCCUACGCCGCCGCCUGAUGAGGUUUGAAAGUUUUUGAACUUCAGCAUGAGGUGGCUUUUUUGAGGGUUUGGGAUUGUGGAUGCUUGGGAGGGCAGGGAGGUGUCUGAUUUCGCAAAUACCCGUUCCGUUGUUGUGGGACAUUUUCCAUGUAUACCUUUAACUUGAACGUUUGGGCUAGACUAUCUCAGCAUUGUUGGUUCUGUAGUUGCGGAGUUGAGCGGGCUGCAUGCAUGCAUUGUAGCGCGCAUAUGUUGGAAGACGGCUAGGAUAUUUGCAUUGCAUACACUAC